AUGUCAAGAUCUGUUUGGAACCUGGCCAAUUGCACUGUUUUGCUUAAUGCAAAUAGCCUGCACCAGAAAUUAACUGAGUUAUUUAUUGAUGAUCCUUAUGAUGCCAAUCUCUUUGCUAAGAUCAUUUCUCUUUGCUAUCACAUUUGGAAAGCAAGAAAUAACAAUGUUUUCAGGAAUGAAGCUUUCUCCUCCCCUGCUAUAGUGGCCAUUGCAGCUUCCACUUCUCAAGAUUUCCUCAUUCAUAAUCCUCCUGUAAGGCGUCCUCCAGAUCAGCGGGAGCACAUCAAAUGGAAUCCUCCUCCUCCAGACCAUGUUAAAAUCAACUUUGAUGGUUCAGUCAUCCAACAAAACAACAAUGCAGCUAUUGGCUUUGUCAUCAGAGACAACUUUGGAUGUCCUGUUAUUGCUUGUGCUAAACGAAUUGGGAAAGCUAAUGUCCCUCUGACUGAAGCUCUUGCUCUCCGGGAAAGCCUCCUAAAAGCUCAAGAGCUUAACUACACCAACCUGUUGAUUGAAGGGGAUUCCCAACUGGUCAUUCACUGUGUUAUUAGGAAGACCAACACUCCUUGGCAUCUACAGUUUAUCAUCCAGGACAUCAAACAGCUAGCAUCCAACUUCAAUUCAGUCGUUUUCACCCACACUUUACGGGAAGCUAAUUUUGUGGCAAAUGCCCUUGCCUCCAUAGGCCAUGGAUCGGACGAGCUCAUUUCGUGGACCAGUCACUUUCCCUCGAGUUUUAAUUCAGCUAUUAGCUUUGAUCUGUUUGGCGUAGGCUGCUCUAAAGGAGCAUCCAUUUAG